UCUAGUAAAGCUACUAAAACUACCCAAAAACGAACUUACACGUGUUCAGAUAUUUCCCCCGAUAUAUAAGAACGAAAAAGAAGAUACUUCCCGUUACUUCAAAAAACGAAAAGAAAAAAAAUGUCAAUCUCCUUGCAAUCUCCGCCUUCUUCAUUUUUCUCUUCUUCUUUACCCAAAUCAAGAUUGAGAUUUGCAAAUGGUUUUUCUUCUUCUUCGAAUUUACUCUUUAAGUUCAACGCAUCUUUUCCAGUUGUUCAUGCCUCCUCGGGCUUCUCUUCUUCUGUUGACACUGGGUUGAGUACUGAAUUGGAUGCUGUGUCUACUUUCAGUGAGAUAGUUCCUGACACUGUGAUCUUUGAUGAUUUUGAAAAGUUUCCACCAACUGCUGCAACUGUUAGCUCUUCACUGCUGUUGGGUAUAUUGAGCCUUCCAGAUACCAUUUUUAGAAAUGCUGUGGAUAUGGCUUUGGCGGAUUCAAGUUGCUCUGGUCUGGACAAUCCUGAACUGAGAUUGUCCUGUUUCGUUAACAAGGCUUUAGUAAAUGUCGGUGGUGACUUAGCAAAGCUAGUUCCUGGUCGAGUUUCAACAGAGGUGGAUGCACGUCUGGCUUAUGACACACAUGGAAUUAUUAGGAGGGUGCAUGACUUACUGAAGUUGUAUAAUGAGAUUGAUAUUCCUCCUGAGCGUUUAUUGUUUAAAAUUCCUUCAACUUGGCAAGGAAUAGAUGCCUCAAGAUUGCUUGAAUCUGAGGGUAUACAAACACAUUUGACUUUCGUUUAUAGUUUCUUCAGCUUUGCUCAAACUGCAGCUGCAGCCCAAGCUGGUGCUUCUGUUAUUCAGAUUUUUGUUGGACGUGUUAGGGAUUGGGCACGCAAUCAUUCUGGUGACCCUGAGAUUGAAGCUGCUAUUCAAAGAGGAGAGGAUCCUGGGUUGGCCCUGGUGAAAAAAGCUUAUAACUACAUUCACAAAUAUGGACAUAAAUCAAAGCUUAUGGCAGCAGCAGUUAGAAACAAGCAGGAUUUAUUCAGUUUGCUGGGGGUUGACUAUAUCAUUGCACCCUUGAAGGUAUUGCAGUCACUCAAAGAAUCAAUUACUGCUCCUGAUGAGAAGUACUCUUAUGUUAGGAGGCUAUCCCCUCAGUCUGCUUCCAGCUACAAUUUCACUGCUGAAGAGCUCACAAAGUGGGACCAAUUAAGCCUUUCAUCAGCUAUGGGACCUGCAUCGGUGGAGCUUCUGGCUGCUGGACUGGAUGGAUAUGUUAAUCAAGCAAAGCGAGUUGAGGAAUUAUUUGACAAGAUUUGGCCACCUCCAAAUGUCUAAAGUGGCUUUUUCCAUUUUGAAGCAAAUCUCAUAUGGCAUAGAAUGAGAUGGUGAUACCGACUCCACUAUGUUGUUAGCAACACUUUGUUUUGUUUUUGUUUUGUUUUUUUGUUUUUUUUUUUUUUCUGCUAGUCUUUAAAGCUUGAUGUCAAUCCUCCAUCUUUCUGUUAUUAAUGAACACGAUGCUGAUGUUGUUGUUCCUCUGCCAUUGCAUGUGAUAACCCUUUUGCCUACCUUCAAAAAUUGCAUUCGAUUCCAUGGCAAAGCCUUCCUCUUUGCAUUACUGUCAUAUUUAUGCUAUUGUUGUUUCGUUAUGAGAAACCUAGAGUAUUUGAGUUCUGCUUUAGUCUAUAUAGAUAGCUAUAAAGUUGGUUCCAUUUGCCAACCUACUUUAUUCAUCCUAAGUCCUUACCUAAGCUUACCAGAGCCCACAUUUAAAGCUCCAAGCCAAUGGAAACAAGCGCAACGUUCCCUAUUAUUAGAGGGUUAGGUACAAUUUUCGGUUUGUGUUUUUUUUUAUAUACGAGACUGCAGUAUAAAGAUAAGAAAAGAGGCGGUAGAUGUUAGAAUUUAAAUUUUAAAAUUUUU